AUGACGCUGAACCCAAGUCUGGCCCUCCAGCCGCAGAUCCACCUGGACCCAGAGCCCACAGAGACCUCAGAUCCAGGUCCAGGUCUGGGUCUAGAGCAGGAUCUUGAGCAGGACUUUGCGGUGGGGGGGUCGGGGGGGUCGGGGGCCAGUGCGGGCGUCGAGCAUCUGCCUUUCGCUGAAGUGUCGUCGCUCCUCGACCCCAACAUGAAAGGAUCCAAAGCCAGAAAGUACCUGAUCUCGUACGACGAGAUCCGGCGCCGUCUGCAGCCGCCCGAGAAAAUGUCCCUGCGCUCGAUCGCGGCGUACACCCGCGUGAGCCGCGGCCCCGCCAGCAAGAAGACCCUCCAGGAGUCACUGAGCGUCCUGGGCCUGUCCCCCAGCACCACCACCGCCGUGUCCUCCUCCUUCUCCAAGCUCACCGAGGGAGACACCAGAGCUUUGUGUGAGGACAUGAGGGAUUUUUCUCAGGAUUACAUCGAUUAUGAAAACAUCGCCAAACAACUGAUCCCCAAAGUGAACACGGUCCAGCACUGGUCCAAGAUCAUCGAGACCAAGAAUCACCUGGAGGACAUGCGGCGCUGCCUGCAGGAGCCGGCGAACAGUCAGGCGUUCGACAGCGCCACCCACGGGCUCGGCCUGGGCAUGAUCCACGUGGUCCUGGACAUGGUCUCGUCCGUCAUCCAGCACCAGGUCCGAAUCCUGUCCGGAACCGCCAACGCCAACGCGGAUCAGAGCCACGAGUCCGGCCCCUCCCCGCCCAGACGCAACCGAAAACGCCAACGCCGAUUCAACCAGAACGAAGCCGCCGCCGCCGCCGCGCCCCAGAGGACGGCGAGGGAGGCGGCCAUUUUAAAGGCCAAGAGCGGAGGGAGGGGCAGGAAGAAGGCGAGACAAGAUGGCGGGCAGACGGCGGUGGCGGCGGCGGCGGCGGCUGAAGUGGAGGCGACACCGGAGCCGCAGAUGGAGGGAGGAAACGUUCUUCUGCUGACGGUCGGAUACGAGGCCGUGUCCAACGAACUCACCACAGAGAGCCACAUCACAGAGAGCCACAUCACAGAGAGCCACAUCACAGAGAGCCACAUCACAGAGAGCCACAUCACAGAGAGCCACAUCACAGAGAGCCACAUCACAGAGAGCCACAGCGACGAGCCGCUGCAGAGCUGAGAGCCACAGAGAGCCACAGAGAGCCACAGAGAGCCACAUCACAGAGAGCCAUAGCGACGAGCCACAGAGAGCCACAGAGAGCCACAGAGAGCCACAGAGAGCCACAGAGAGCCACAGAGAGCCACAGAGAGCCACAGAGAGCCACAGCGCCCCCUGCAGAGCCGCAGCGUCGUCUGUCGAGCUCAGACAGUUUCUGAUCCAGUUCUUCAGAUUUGGAUCCUUGGACUAAACCAGAAUCUGUGUCAUUUGUUUAUUAGUUUUAAAAAAU